CAUCAAGUCUAUUCAUGUCAUAAGAUAAAACACUGCAGAUCAGACCCCAUAGAUUAGGAUCACUACACUUAAACUCUGCCACCAGGCUGAGAAGUUAAAUACCAAAUGCACCAGUUUGUCAUUCUAAUACUACCUGGAGGCACAAGUGUGGGGAAGCGUGCUUUUUAAAACUUUAUAAAGAACUUAACUCGGGUUGUCACCAUGUUGGAAUCGAGCAUCAAGAACUUCAACAUCAAUUUCAACGUAGCGAGCGAGGGGAGGACAUUCCGCAGUGGGCAGCUGGUCUCAGGACACUUCUCCUUCGACCUGAGCAAGAAGACGAAGAUCACCGACAUAUCGAUGCGUCUGAAGGGACAGGCCAACGUCCACUGGUCCACUGGUGGAGGGAAGAAUAGGAGAAGGAGACACUUCUCUGCAAACGUCACCUACUUCGACCUGAGGAGCAUCAUCCUGCAGGAGAACUCAGCCAUUGGUGAGUCGGUGAAACUCCAGCCUGGCAGGCACAUGUAUCCGUUUACAUGUCAGAUACCUCAGGGAGACUUCCCCCCGAGCUUCAAGGGCCUUUAUGGAAAAGUGGAGUAUAUGUUAACCGUGAGCAUCAACAGACCCUGGCAUUUGUCUAAGGACUUUGUGACUGAGUUAAACUUCCUAAGCAGCAUCAAUACCGACCAUCCAGAGCUGAGGGCUCCUCUCUCAGGCUCCAACCAAAUGACUCUGUGCUGCCUGUGGUGUGCCUCACCUCCUAUCACAAUGACAGUCAGUGUGGAGAAGAAAGCCUUUACUCCUGGUGAAACUGUGAAAAUAAAUUGUGAAUUCAGUAACGGCUCAUCUCGCACGGUCACCUCGAAGGUGAGGCUGCUGCAAAAGCAGACCUUCCACACCCACGAAAGGGUCCAUACGAGGAUGUAUGACAAGAACUUGGGAUCAGGGAUCGGGCAGCCCAUCGACGCACGCACCUGCAACGUGCACACUGAGAUGAUGGUCCAGAUUCCUCAGUCUGUACCACUUACCAUCUCUAACUGCAGCAUCGUGGUCCUUAGUUAUAUCAUCGAGGUGAGCCUGAAUGUGUGCUCGGGCCCUGACCUCACCGUUCUGUUUCCCAUCAUCGUUUGUGAUACCCCUGUUCAUCCCCAAGCCCUUCCUUAUGUGUGAGUAGAUUCAGGUGAAUCUAAUGAAAUGCCAACAUACUACAAUUCCUUUCAGUAUUUCUCGGGGGCUUCGUAUAGGGCUCAGCACACCAGGGAAGACCUUUGCCUCAA